CAACACAGUUCCGCAGUCUGUUUGUGUGUUGACGUUAUUGUAAGGAGCUCUUCAGACCACAACACAAGUCCAUAAGCAAGGAUACAGUCAACGUUCUACACCUCGGAUUAAAAAAAAAAAACGGAGACAAAAUGGCAUCGGACUCUCCACGCAGACCUAGUCGCUGUGCUGGGGGGGUUCUGGUGCGAGCACAAGCUGCUACGGAGCAGUCUUACAUGGAAAGUGUGGUGACGUUCCUGCAGGAUGUGGUCCCCCAGGCAUAUACUGGUGCUCCGCCCACUGAUGAAAAAGAGAAAAUCAUUUGGGUUCGAUUUGAGAAAGCUGACAUCAACGACACCGCCCGCAAUCCCGAGUUUAUGGAGAUGCACAGUGGUACCACUGACCCUCCUCUUUGCCUCAUGAUCGGCUACACUGACGGGAUGCAGAUCUGGAGCGUAUCUUUGGCAGGAGAAGCCCAAGAGCUGUUCUCAGUGCGCCAUGGUCCUGUGCGAGCUGCUCACAUUCUGCCAGCUCCUCAUAUCAGUCCUCUGAACACGGACAGUUUUGCCGACAAGAGGCCUCUGCUGGGGGUAUGCAAGAGCACAGGGUCUUCUGGGACAAGCCCUCCCUACUGUUGCGCUGACCUCUAUUCUCUACGGACAGGGGAAAUGGUCAAAUCAAUUCAGUUCAAGACGCCCAUCUAUGAUCUCCACUGCAACAAACAUAUUCUGGUUGUGAGCCUACAAGAGAAGAUUGCAGCAUUUGACAGCUGCACCUUCACUAAGAAGUUCUUUGUUACAAGCUGCUAUCCCUGUCCUGGCCCCAGCCUAAAUCCAAUAGCUCUGGGAAGCCGCUGGCUAGCCUACGCUGAGAACAAGUUGAUCAGAUGUCACCAGUCUCGCGGAGGAGCUUGCGGUGACAAUGCACAGUCCUAUACAGCUACAGUGAUCAAUGCUGCCAAAACUUUAAAGACAGGCCUGACAAUGGUGGGUAAAGUUGUCACCCAGUUGGCAGGGACACUUCCAGCAGGCACUCCGGACGAGGAAGGCACACCUCACAGCGCGAGCCGCCGCAGCCCCCACAACCCCGGUGUGGUCACCAUCAUUGACACACAUAAUGUUGGCGAAGGACAGGUCUUGGUGAGUGAGGACUCGGACGGAGAAGGAGUGGUGGCUCACUUCCCAGCCCAUGACAAACCCAUAUCCUGCAUGCAAUUCAACCCCAGUGGAAUGCUGCUGGUGACUGCCGACACUCUGGGCCACGAUUUUCACGUCUUCCAGAUUCUCACCCACCCAUGGGCGUCCUCACAGAGCGCUGUUCACCAUCUCUACACCCUGCAUCGUGGGGAAACUGAGGCCAAGGUCCAGGACAUGUGUUUCAGCCAGGACAGUCGCUGGGUAGCCAUCAGCACCCUCCGCGGCACGACCCAUGUAUUUCCCGUCAACCCCUAUGGCGGUGCGCCCUGUGCCCGCACGCACAUGUCCCCGCGGGUCGUCAACCGGAUGUCUCGCUUCCAAAAGAGCGCUGGCCUGGAGGAGAUCGAACAGGAGCUGAACAGGGUGGCUGCCUUAGGAGGAGGAGCAGGAGGAGGAGGCAUAGGAGGAGGUGGCUGCAUCCUGGGUGGAGGAGGUGGCAUCGGGGGCCGCUGUAGCCCCAUUCCUGGCCUGUCCAGCAGCCCCUCUGGGUCUCCACUGCACGCCAAGCUGAGCAGCCAGGAUUCAUACAACAACUUCACCAAUAACAACAUGGGGAACCCGCGACUGUCCCCGCUGCCCAGCCUCACUGUGGUGCUGCCUCUGGCUCAGAUCAAACAGCCCAUGACCCUGGGCACCAUCACCAAACGCACAGGCAAAGCUAAGCCGCCCCCUCAGAUCUCCCCUAGCAAGUCCAGUGGAGGAGAGUUCUGUGUGGCCGCCAUCUUUGCCUCGUCUCGUUCCUGGUUCAUCACCAACCCCAACAUGAAAAGAGAGAAAGAUCAGUCCAGGCAGUUGGUUGUCGACUCGCUGUACAUCAUCAGUUGCUAUGGUAACUUGGUGGAGCAUGUCCUGGAGCCUCGGCCAAUUAGCAUUACUCAAAAGAUUAGCGAUGACACACCUUUGGAGCUCAGCACCUGUCCAAGGGCCUGCUGGACUCUAGCCAGGACUCCACAAUGGAAUGAGCUGCAGCCACCAUUCAACUCCAACCACCCCUUGGUAUUGGCCUCAGACCUGGUGCAGUACUAUCAAUAUCUUCUGGCUGCGAUACCCCCAGGAAGCCCAGGCCCAAUCACCCGUCAUGAGUCGUCAGACAGCCUGGCGUCGGACCACAGCGGUCACGAGGACGAGGAGUGGCUCUCUCAGGUGGAGAUUGUGACCCAUACAGGGCCCCACCGGCGCCUGUGGAUGGGCCCCCAGUUUCAGUUCAAGACCAUUCACCCUUCAGGCCAGACCACAGUCAUCUCCUCCUCGUCCUCAGUCCUUCAGUCCCAGUGCCCCACUGAUGUCCAACAGCCCCUGUUGGACUUCGACACAGACGACCUGGACCUACACAGCCUGAGGAUCCAGCCGGUACGUUCAGAGCCAGUAAGCAUGCCCGGCUCAUCGCGGUUGGUGGCUGAUCGUAGAGGACAGUCCAACAUCAUGGACGCAGGAUCAGGUCCGUUUGACGGGCGUGGUGUGACCCUGCUGGAAGUGUGUGGUAGCUGGCCGGAGAGUUUCGGCGUGCCACGGCACAACGUUGGCUCAGCAGACGCUAGCGACGAAGGCCUCCGGGAGAGACUGGCCGAUGCCAUGUCUGAGUCCCCCUCCAGGGAUAUAGUAGGAUCUGCUACAGAGCUGCAGAGGGAGGGCAGCAUCGAAACCCUCAGUAACAGCUCGGGCUCCACCAGUGGCAGCAUCCCACGCAACUUUGAGGGCUACCGCUCCCCGCUGCCCACCAACGAGAGCCAGCCGCUCAGCCUCUUCCCCACCAACUUCCCCUAGAGUCCCACCUCUCUUCCAGGAAGAACCGCCACCGUCCAGCCCACCUGCCUGCCUCCCCCAUCAGCAUCACAUGGCCACACUUGUGUGUUGAACUGAAACCCAAUUGUGUCUAGGAUUUGUGUUUUCUCUGUACACUGUGUUUUGGGUUUUUCUCCUCUCAUACAACUGGUCACAUAUCAGUGUGAUCCCAACUACAUCCAGUUAUAGUAUUUUAUUUCUUAGUUUGGAUGUGAAGGCUGAUAUUUUUAUUAAUGAAGCUGCCAAUGCUUCUUUAGUUUGUACAGAUUUCCAAUCAUUUUACAUUUUGUUUAUCCUUAAAUUGCAUUCAUGUCUGGGUGAAAACAGACACACAUUUAUUAUAGACUCUUGAAAACUAAUUUAUUUUAAGCUUAAUAGCUAUUUUAAGUGUCGCUGAGCAAUUAACCAAAUCUAAAGUGCAGAUAAAAUGAAGUUUCAUCACAUAGAGUAUUUUGAUACACCUGUGGUCAGGGAGGAACUUCUUUUAUUUUCAAUAUCAGAUUUUUAAUAACCGACCAGUAUCUAUCUAACCCUGCUUUUAACCUUGUCGUUGUGUUAAAUCAGAAGCCAGUUGACACAGACGUUAUUGGAGACCAGCCGUCCUCUCCAGCUCUCGGCAGCUGAUGUCUGCUGUUUCCUCAGCCCACCAUCAUUCUUUGUGUGUUUGAAGUUUUACGGUGUGCCUAUUGUCUGAAUGAGCCAUGAGAAAAAGGAGCGCCGACAAAAAGAAAAAAAAUUAAAAAAAUUUAUUCCAGUCAGUGACGUGUAGCAGCUCCUUUUCCCUCACUUCUCCGUGAGUGUGUUGCUGCUCUUAUGGCCUCUCACUAAAUGUUUUUGAUUCAAUUUGGUCCUCUCAUGCCUUUGAUUAUCAUGUAAUUACAUUUGACAAAGGAUGCCGUAAUGAGAUGACACUAGUACUAUGUUGCUGAAGUAAUUUAGAUGUUUACAGUGUAAUUGAAAUAUGUUUCUGACAUCAUUUAGAUAUAUUCCCCACUCGGCCUUUCCAGAUAGUAAAUUUUAAUUGAGCGGAGGCUUGUGUAGCUGUCGUGUAUUUUGUACAUUAGCAACUUUUGACCAAAAUCUUAUUUUUGCCUCUAGUGAUAGAUCUCUGAAAAAUGUAUUUUCCUCAAAUGUACUAGCUUUGCCCGUAGCAAAGAAGAUUGAUAAUCAGAAAUUCUUUCAUUAAACACACUUUGCCUGUUAGUUUGUUCUGAGCAGAAUGUUUGUCUUGGUUAAAACUGAAAUGCACUAUUUACAGAGUCACAUUAGAAAAAAUUUGAAAUGAUAGUAGUAAUGUACAAUCCUUGGACUGGCUGCAUGUCGUGAUGGCCUGUUGUUGUUCUGUCACUGAACAAGGGCAUGCAUCUACUUGUUUUAAUUCAGAGCAAAUGCUUGUUGUUGGCGGUAAGAUUUGAUCUGUACAAUACUUACUUCUUUUCCCAGCAUUCAUGCAAGAAAAAAACAUAGUAAAACUCAAGGAAAUGAAACUGUCGGUCUUUUUUCUCACUCUGAUUGCUCCUAAUUGCGCCGUUCAGAUUUCAACCACGGCGGUGACCAUCAGCACAUAGUACCACUGGUAAUUAGUACCAUAUUUUUUAACAGGCAGUAAAGUGCUGUUAAAGGGACUUUUUAUGGGCAACUCUGGCUCUUUGUUCUGAGAGAGAAACGAGAGGCCAUGUUUGUUUCUCUGCUAAUCAGCACACAACUUCAAAUACCAAAACUCUAUUUUUUAUUUUAAAUCAAAUUAGCGGCGAAUUAUUCCUUGUAUGCUUUAUUUCAUCUCAUCGAUGUGUUCAUAAGCAGCUAGCCAUAAAAUUAAAAAAGGGGUCCUUGCUCAGCUAGAAUGGAACGUAUUCCAUCUUGACGAAAUGGCCAGAAAACAUUUGCACAGACAAUUAAAUCAAUAACUUAUUCAACAGUUUUAAAUUGAAAACAGUAUGCCUGUUUUUCCAGUCAGAUAUUUUUGGAAAUAUAAUUUGUUACAGUAUGAGUUGCACAACAGAAUACAUAAAAAACUGAGCCGUUACAGAAUGUGUUGACUUAGGUUUAUAUGCAAGACUCCCUUAUGAGUAAAGUAGAAAUAAGCUCCAGCUGGCAGGAUGUGUCUCUGCCUCUUCAUCCAGAGGAAAGCUCAGCAUUAUGCAACGAGUAGAGAAAAAAACUACAGUUUUUACUUGAAACUUUUUAUUUAAUCCCAGCAUGCUUUAACAAACAUUUUACAGUGUUUAAUAUUCACAAUAUUACACAUUUUAAGUGUGGAGGAAAUAUUCUACUUGAUCACCUUUGAAAAAAAAAAAAAAAAAAAUUGUUAAAUAACAAUGUAUUUCACCACACACAAAAAAUCUGAAAACUGACACACAUCAUGUCAGUUUAAAAUUAAUUUGUACGUUUGGUCAUUUCUAACAAGCAGACAUUGGGAUGGCAUUACAUGGGGAAAAACCUGGGCACAGUUAACUGUAUUAAUUUUGAGAAGGAAUUCUAAAAUACUGACACAUACACAUACAUAAGAUACUCUACACAUUCAACAGUGUAUUCUAGCAGUAACUCAGAAAGACUUGUCCUGUUACAGUCAUUGAGCAUAACAGUAAAAUUCCUACUCACUGAUUCAAGUCACUCUGGAUAAGAGAAUCAGCUCCCUGAAAUGUAAAUGAAGCCAACUUGAAAGUUUCCAUAGUCUUGCAUCCAACAUCGUGAUAGGAAAUGUGCGGUGGAACCUGCUGAGUCCCUACCUGUGAGUCAAAGCAAGGUGUGAUAGUCACACUGAUUCUCCUGAAUUUAUGGGAUCACUACCAAACAUCAGUGGUGGAAGUAAAAGUACUAAUACCACAAUG